UCCUCCUGUUCGGUUACUAUGGCCGUCGCACGCGAGGACUCGACGCAGGCACUGUUCGCUUGGGGAGCAAACAGCUACGGACAACUUGGUCUUGGUCAUAAAGAAGAUGCACUCCUGCCCCAGGCCCUGAAGGAAUUUCUCUGUAAUCAGAAAAAUAUCAAAAGCAUUACUGGAGGAGGAGGACAUUCUGCCCUUCUUAUGGACACCGGAGAACUCUUUUUAUGUGGCCAAAAUAAGGAUGGGCAGUUGGGACUUGGUCAUGCUGAAGAAGUGAUGCUUUUUACAUUAUGUGCUGCUCUGUCUGGUUGUCCUGUCAUACAAGUUUCCUGUGGAUGGGAUUUUACAGUCAUACUUGCUGGAAACGGCCAAGUGUUCUCCUGUGGAUCUAAUUCCUUUGGACAAUUGGGAGUUCCUCACACUUCUGGAGGAUGUACUUCCCCAGAGAGAAUUGAGUCUUUACAGGAGAGGGUGAUAAAUGUUGCUGCUGGACUGAGACAUGCACUUGCUGUCACUGAAAAUGGUUCAGUGUUCCAGUGGGGAAUUGGGAUGGCGUCUCAGGCAAAGCGGGCAUGCCAAGGGGAAAUGGUCCCAUCCUUCUUGAGGGCAAAAGAGCCUUGCAAAGUAACAGGUCUAGAAAACACCAAAGUGAAGAGUGUCAUUUCUGGCUCAUACCAUGCUGUCUCACUCACAGAUGAAGGAGAGCUGUAUGUUUGGGGGAGCAACAAACACAAGCAGCUAGUGAGCAAAGAUUAUUUUCUUAUGAAACCCCUGAAGAUAGAAACUCACUAUUAUGGAGGCGAAAAGGUCAAAAGAGUGUGGAAUGGAUGGACCCACAUGAUAGUGCAAACAGAGACUGGGAAGGUCUUUACAUGGGGUAGAGGAGACUAUGGGCAGCUUGGAAGAAGUGAGAUGCUCCAUGAUGGACAGAGCCUGGAUGGAAAACGGUCAACUGAACACAGUUUGAAAGAGCCACUAAGUGCUCCUGCUCCAGUGCCCAGCCUCACUGGUGCCUCUGAGAUCGCAUGCGGUUCAGAGCACAGUCUAGCAAUAGUUGGUGGUCAAUGUUUUUCCUGGGGAUGGAAUGAACAUGGCAUGUGUGGCAAUGGAACAGAAGGAAAUGUUUGUACUCCUCAGCCUAUCAGGGCUCUUUGUUCUGCAAAGCUGCUUUUAAUUGGAUGCGGAGCUGGACAUUCCAUGGCAUUUUGUCAUUUACUGAAUUAGAUCUUCCACAAUAGAAAUGGCAGCAUAAUGUUAAGUUCUACAUGGUUUGUGUACUGAAGUUUUAUACAGCUAAGAACAUUGUAAAAAUUAUUGGAAGAACUAGUUCCAGUUUUAGAAGUAGGGGGUACUAAAUUAAAAUGAUUCUUGAUUAAAGUAGGCACAAUCCAGCAAAUAUUAGUAAUGAAAACUAAUUCCCAAUGAAAGCAAUGGAAUGAAACUUGGUUACAAGUAACUAAAUUACCAUUGAUUUCUGACAUGCCUAACCUUUGCUAGAUUGGAUCCAUUUUCUUUAAUUGCAUUCACAUUUUUUUUAAGAAAGGGAGAGGAUACUCUUUGCCUGUAUGGAAAUAUUUAUGGAACUAUUUAGGUCUGAUCCAGUGACACAGGAUGUGCUUUGUCUCUUUACUGAUGUAGAGGAGCAGAUGGACAUC